AGAUACCCCAGGAGGAGGGUCUCUAAAGCCAGCCCAGGGUGCUCUGAGGAGGAAAGACCCAGCCUGUGCCAGGAAGGCUGCCAGAGCUUGAGCCAGAGCUCCAACCCGAUGAUCCCUGAGCAGCCUCCCAGCAGGAAGAAGACCUACAAGUGUUUGGAAUGUGGGAAGAGCUUUAGCAGGAGCGACCACCUGGUCCACCACCAGCGCACCCACACUGGGGAAAGGCCCUACAAGUGCUUGGAGUGUGGGAGCAGCUUCAGCUGGCACUUCUGCCUGAUCCGCCACCAGAUCGUCCACACUGAGGAACGGCCCUACAAGUGCUUGGAAUGUGGGAAGAGCUUCUGCCUGAGCUCCGAACUGGUCCACCACCAGAAGAUCCACAGUGGGGAACGGCCCUGCAAGUGUCCUGAGUGUGGGAAGAGGUUUAAGACCAGCUCACAUCUCCUCCUACAUGAGCAGACACACACAGGGGAGAGGCCCUUCCGCUGCACCGACUGCGGGAAGAGCUUCACCCGCAGCUCCCACCUUGUCAUGCACAGGCGUAUCCACAGCGGGGAGAGGCCCUACAAGUGUGAGGAGUGUGGGAAGAGCUUUACCCAGAGCUCUACCUUGAUCACACACCAACGGACCCACCAGUAAGGGAAGCCCUGUGAGCACCUCAGCUGUGGGAAGAGCUUCAUCUGCUGCUCCAACUCCAUCAGCCAUCAGAGGACCCACAUUUGAUGAUCCACAGUGUGCUGGUUUAAAGGUAAACCAGCAGGGGAAAAUGAACUCAACCCAAAAGAGAGAUUAUAA